AAGCUAACUUCACAUUCGUGAUGUUACCAGCUUUGGAUGGUCAGGUUUUUGUACAAAAAGCAACAACAAAAUGUUCAACAAAACGCGAUUAAUGUUACAUUAACUAGUGUUGUUGCUUCUUAAUUAUUAGUUUUGGAUAAAGCACCCACGAUGACGGACAAAUUAAAAAAGAUACCGCAACAAAAACUAAAAGCAUUUACCAUAGGCACGAUGGGGAAAAGGCCCCUUUCAAAAAAAGAGUUAGAAGAACAACGCAAAAAAGAAGAAGAAAAAGCGGCGGCUCAUGCGUUUCAAGAGUUUGUUGAAACAUUUCAAGAAACACCGCUUAAUGGAUCAAGCAAAGUUUGGGUUAAAGCCGGUACUUAUGAUGCUGGGGCAAGAAAAGAAGAUACUAGAGAGAAAGGAAAACUUUAUAAACCUCAAUCGAGGCUCUCGAGUAGUCAUGAUUUACAAUCGAGUGCUGAACAAGCCCAAGCGUACGCAAAAUUACUCGCUGGGGAUAGAAAACCGGAACGGUUAGGGAAGAAAAAACCGUCAACUAAGAGCAAUUUAGAAUCAUUUAAGGAAGAAUUAAGACAAAUUCAAGAGGAACGAGAAGAACGCCACAAAUACAAAGGUUCAAUUCGGACGCCGAUUGAAUCCGAGUUGGAUUUAUUUUUAAAAAGCGAUGUUGGAUCUUUUGAUAAUGGAGAUCCAACGACGACAAAUUUGUAUUUAGGAAAUUUAAAUCCUAAGAUAACGGAACAACAAUUAAUGGAAAUUUUUGGUCGAUUUGGUCCAUUAGCAAGUAUAAAAAUAAUGUGGCCCAGAUCCGACGAAGAAAAAUCGCGGGGUCGAAAUUGUGGUUUUGUGGCUUAUAUGAGCCGAAAAGAUGGCGAGCGAGCUUUACGUAAUUUAAACGGCAAAGAUAUUAUCGGUUAUGAAAUGAAAUUGGGUUGGGGAAAAUCGGUUGUUAUCCCACCUCACCCGAUUUAUAUCCCGCCAUCCCUUUUAGAACUUUCACUUCCACCGCCACCAUCCGGUUUACCGUUUAACGCCCAACCCCAAGGUAAAGAUAAAGAUGUUUUACCGAAAUCCACCGAAGAAUUUAAUGAAGUUCUCGGUAGAGCUGUUGUCAAAGUUGUCAUUCCAACCGAUCGAAACCUUUUGAUGUUGAUUCAUCGAAUGGUGGAAUUUGUCGUACGUGAAGGGCCAAUGUUUGAGGCGAUGAUUAUGAAUCGGGAGAUUAAUAAUCCAGUAUUUAGGUUUUUAUUUGAAAAUCAAAGCCCAGCGCAUCUUUAUUAUCGUUGGAAAAUUUAUUCAAUCAUGCACGGUGAUUCGCAAAAAGAGUGGUCCCAUAAAGAGUUUCGGAUGUUCACGGAAGGUUCCAUUUGGAAACCGCCGCUAAUGAAUUGUUACACUUCCGGUAUGCCGGACGAACUUGUUGUUGACGACGAUGAACGUGCUUCAACAAAAGGAACUUUAUCAAAUACACAAAGAGAUCGAUUAGAAGAUUUAAUACGAAACUUAACACCUGAAUCAAAAAAAAUCGGCGAAGUUAUGGUGUUUUGUAUUGAACAUAGCGAAGCCGCGGAGGAAGUUGCUGAUUGCAUAACUGAGUCGUUAUCAAACGAACUCACUACGAUUCUUAAAAAAAUCGCACGACUUUAUUUAGUAUCCGAUAUUUUACAUAAUUGUGCGGUCAAAAUAAAUAAGGCUUCAUCUUAUAGAAAAGCAUUCGAAAGCAGAUUAAUAGAUAUAAUGAAACAUUUAAAAUCAACGUUUGAUAAACUCGAGGGGCGAAUGAAAGCUGAAGGAUUCAAAUCGAGGAUUUUAAGAACGCUUAAAGCUUGGGAAGAUAAUAUUUAUCCAAAAGUGUUUAUGGAUAAGUUGCAUAAUGCGUUCUUAGGGCUCGAAAUUGAAGUUAAAGAAGAAGAGAAUGAAUCGGACAACAUCGAUGGCGAUCCCCUACAAGACGCCAUCGAAGACGAAGAAGACGCGCCGAUGGACGGAGCAACUCUAUUAAAAAGUGCAAUGAAACAAAAAUUCAGAAGUCCGUCACCUUACGAAGAUAUUGAUGGUAAAGCAAUCGAUGAUAUAUUAGACGAAAAAGAUAGUGAUAAAGUAGGUGUAGUGGCGUUAUCCGGAUUUAUUCGAUCAAAAUGGGAAACGGUGGACCCCGAACAAGUUGAAGCUCAAGCGAUGACGACGAGUAAAUGGGAUCUUCUCGAAAGUAGCGCGGACGCGAGUUUGGAUAGUACGCAGAACGACACUCAAGAUUCGAACGAUGGUAGCGACCUCAGGGCUAUGACCGAGGAAAGGCGUACAAAAUUGCGAGAAAUCGAGGUUAAGGCGAUGGAAUAUCAAGAUGAAUUAGAAUCGGGGUCGCGAUCUCUCAAGACCGGAUGGUCUGUGCCCCAACAAGUUGAACAUUACAGGCGCAAGUUGCUCCGGAAGUCAGAGAAGGAGCGUAAGGAAAAGGAAAAAGCCGAGAAGACCGCUUCAUCUAGACACAAACGCGACAAAACCGACUACGAUGGCGACAAAAUCGAUUCCUCCGAUGAAGAAUCCAAUUACUACAAAGACAUUACUAGAAAACUUAAAAAGCAUGUUCGAAGCUCUUCGAGUGGUUCCUCUUCAAAACACAGGUCAAAAAGUCGUUCACCAACACGAAAAAGACCACCAAGAGCGCCAAGUCCGCCGAGUCCCCCCAGAAUACGUCGACAUUCCCCCUCGACGACCUCCCGUUAUCGACACCGUAGCCCUUGUUCGCCGAGUUCGAAUGGCAAGUACAGCCCUCAGACUCGGUACCGCACUAGUAGCCGCUAUUCCCCGUACUCACCCCGCUCUUCCAAAUACGAUCACAAGUCUAGUUCCAGAUCGCCGUCUAGAUCCAAACACCGCACUUCACCGGAAACUUCAAGGAAACAUCGUCAUAAGCAUAAGUUUUAAAAAAAUAUAUUUGCUUUUCGCAGUGAUUUUUUGACGAUGAUCCGUUUUUCCGAUUUCGAGGUUUGUAUUCGGAAGCAAUUUCUUAACCCAUACGAGCAACUUAACGGAGACUACUAUUCUUUUCUUAUUUUUUUUUUUUUUUGUUUUAUUUCCUCUGAUUUAGUUCAAGAUUUUCCCUUUCUUGGCUUUAACGAUAUCACGAUAUAUAAUAAGAAGUUCCAUUUAAGGAUGUAGUAGGUGGGGAGUUAAUUAAGUUUGUCCACAGCGAUGGACUCUCCAUCUACUGCAUUCUUAAUAACAAAGGUAUAUAUAUAUAUGAUUUGUAAUGAGAUGAAUCCACAUUUCGGAAUUCAAUUUGGAUAGGAAAAGGUUAAUAUGUAUAGUAAUUAUUAAUGUAUUGUUAUUCUUGCAACCUACGGAGUGUUAAUUAAUUAUCGUACCCGAUGUCAUCAUUGCAAAUAUGCAACCAACAUCACAGUGCAAUACGCAUCAUGCGCAAAUCGCGUAUUGCAAUACCAAUACUGUGAUUUUGGUUGGAUACUUGCAAUGAUGACGUCGGGUACGAUAAUUAAUUAAUAUUCUGUAUUUCGACGUUAUGACCGAAUUACCAAAAAAAUUAGAUUUUGAUAUAGAAUUAUGUAUUUUAAUUUUGUGCUAAUUCGGUUGUAUGAUCUAUUAAAACGAAGUGGGUGUCGAGAAUCAUAAUAUAUUAGUUAACAUUUUGUAUAUCUUUUUCUAUCACUACUAUUUUGGUUUCCUUUUAAAUAUUUGCAACUCAGGCACUUUAGAUAUGACAUUGCUAAACAGUUUUUUCCCAAACGUUCAUAAUUUCUUUUUUUUUAUUAAAAAAAAUAUGUUUUUCUCUGUUCGUUUUUUGUUUAAGUUUCUGUCAAUUUCUAAUUAAAUAAUUUUCACUCAAAGAAGUACAAACGUAUAUGAUAUACAUACCACUUAACUGUUUAUAGUCUGUAAAAAUAUGGUAUGUAUGUGUAUGUAACUGUGUACUGGUGUAAUAAAAUUACAUUUUUAUUUAA